AUGGUUCACGACGCCACUGAUGUCGGCUACAAACACAUUGAUACGGCCAGCGCCUACCUCAACGAGAAAGCCGUUGGACAGGCAGUCACUGAAGUGAUUGCUAAAGGAGUUCUUAAACGGGAAGACCUAUUCAUCACCACAAAGAUAAUGCCGGUCGACACCGACUCUAAAGCCGAGGCAUUAAAAGGCGUUGCGUUGGCUCUCGAGAAGUUGAACACAACAUAUGUGGACCUAAUGCUCAUCCAUAGGCCGUCCACUGAUGCCGUCAAUAGCGAGGUGUGGUCUGCACUGGAAGAGGCUGUCAGUGAGAAACACAUCAAAUCCAUCGGUGUUUCAAACUUUCAAAUCUCACAAAUUGAUAGUCUUUUGAAAAGCGCCAAAAUAAUACCGGCUAUGCUUCAGGUGGAGAGUCAUCCCCAACAAAAUCAGGACCAAUUGAUAGAGUAUUGCAAUAAACAUGAUAUCCGUAUGACGGCAUACUCGCCAUUAGGUGCAGGUACACUUUUGAAAGAUGCCACCAUUGGUUCAAUUGGCAAAAGUCAUAACAAGAGCGCGGCUUCUGUUAUGAUCCGAUGGCAGGUCCAGAGAGGGGUUGUGGCCAUACCUAAGAGCACUAAAAGGAAUUAUUUAAUAGAAAAUAUUGAUGUCUUUGAUUGGAGUCUAACUGAUAAUGAGAUGAAAGUGUUGGAUGAAAUGAAAUGA